AUGGCUAAGCAAGAUGAAGAAUGUCGAGAAUCUCAAGAUCCUCUACUCUCUGAGGAGUUCGCCGAGCUCAAAGGCGACAUAAACCCUUCUCGUCGAACUUUCACAACAACAAAAUACUUACUUAUCUUUGGGGUAAUGACCAUACUACUCUUCGCAUCCAUUCUUUCAGUCUUCUCUUAUACGCGGCGAGUCUCGGAAAACAAAUUAUCUCGGCCUGAACCACCAGACCAUACAUUCUGCGGAAGAACCCCAGCAGAGGCUGUUAAAAAUGGCUGUCAUUUCGAACCUAUGCUCAGCUCUUGGGUACCCGAAGCCUGCUACUUCACCGACGAAGGUGACUACGACGUCUUUGAUGAUCUCCCCUGGUACUCCGAUCCCUUCCUCCGACAACCCUUAAACACAACCGAGAUGAUGAAUGUAAGGGCGGGUAACUACGGCCAUGUGUAUACGACCUGGGCGUACCACGAUGAACAUUGUCUAUACACAUGGAGAAAGCUGGCGAUGGCAAUGGAGAAGAGAUUGCCGAUGGUGGAUACGAAGACUGCAGAUGAGGAACACUCGCAACAUUGUGCGAGGGUUACGAGGAACUAUGUGAGGGAGGAUGGACAGGAGAAGAUUGCGGAUCUGAAAACUUUGGGGUUAAAGGUUACGCUUACUUAUUUUGGGUGUGUCAAUUUGUUUUGA